AUGGGUAUUGCCCUCGCUAUUGCUUUUGGAGUGAUGCUAGCGCUGCUCACAACAGGAAAUGUAUAUAUCGGCGUAUUUGCUAUUAUUAGCAUUACUUGUACCCUAGGUGUGACUGUUGGUUCACUAAUACUCAUGGGAUGGAAGUUGAACAUUAUAGAGUCCAUUACGUUGUCACUUUCUGUGGGUUUAUCGGUCGACUUCGAAUUGCAUUACGGUGUUGCAUACGUAUUGGCUGUUGACAAGAAUGACAGGAAGUCUAGAGUAUUAUUUUCUAUGACUGAAAUGAGUUCGGCCGUCAUCAUGGCGGCGUUUACUACCUUUAUUGCAGGUUAGUCCGAUAAUUAAAUGUAAUAAAUAUGGGACCAGAAAAGAACUCUGGUCAAAUGACGGUUCCCAAUCUUAAGACAGGUUACAAGAGGCUCAAAGCAUGCUUGUGUUGUGCGAAUGAUGACUUAGAUCACUAUAAGAUGGUCAGGAAAAACGAUAGUACAGAGGUAAAAAAAACAGUUCGAGUGUUAUACAUGUACAUCAAGGAAGACAAUUGAAAUUGGACGAAUAAGUAAGCAAUACCAGCCAACCAUUUCGAAAAGUAUACAACAAAUAUAAUCCAAAGGUUUCGAAGAUUAGCAUCUUGAAACUCAAGUAUAAACAAGCCGAGAAGGAGUUUAUUUAGGUCAUAUUUCGAUUUUAAUUAAAACUCUUUCUCGUCAUUACCGUAUUAUCGCAUUACAGUUUUGUAAUGCGACUUUGACGUUUCAUAUCUUCGGUUUAUUGAAUGCUAUGUGGACAUAAGUACCACCAUUCGAUUCAGUAUAACGGUAUCUCCUCAUUCCUAGCGAUAGUUUUAGUCAAUGGCAACACUAUAGUGAUUUAUCAGCUUUGAAAGUCAAGCGAGCUCGUAUAUGAUCAAAUUACGCAAUUAUGACUAACAAAUUAUAAACAUAAACAUACCUUUCGUAUGCUCAUUGUCAACAAAUUCAGAGCUCGGUUUGUUUGUCAACAAAUUCAGAGCUCCGUUUGUUUGGCAAAUUCCACCUUAAAAUCUGAGAGUAAAAGCGACAUAACAUCUAUAGAAAACAGUCAUCUUGUUGUUUGUGGCCCUCAGCUUAUAUGGAAGGGAAAUAUACAAGAAUUAAAACACUUUACGCUCGAUGUUUUAAAGCUGACGGGGAAUUGGGAAUCGCCAGGUGGCGAUGUAAAAAUGUUUACCGCGUUAGAUGGAAAAUUCGUCUUUAAAUGGCAAGGAUCCAAAAAGAAAAAGAUCGAAAUAGUGAAGGAUCAUGAUGAUGACCUUUUAAGCCGCUUAAUUAAAGAACAACGCACAUGAUGAUAAUAAAGCAAACGUGACCCGAGAAAAUAUCGAUCCGAACGAGCACGUGCUUUGCGCUGCUAUGUCAUUGCCCUUGCCUUCACCGACGUAUAGCGAACGCGAAAAGGAUGAAACCUUCGUCGACAGUUAUCGUGAGAUAGAAGAAAAAUUGGAAAUGGUUCUGUCCCGGCUUAGCAAACUCGAGAAAAAAUCUCAGAGUGAGAAAAGAGCGCAAUCUUUGCUUGUUGCUGAGAAUAACAAAAUGGCGGCCGAAAUAACUUGCUUAACAGCGACCGUGAACGAGCUACGGGAGGAAAACGAAAGUAUCAGAACGCUGCUUGACAAUAAACAAAACGAAAGAAUUCAAGUUGAAUCCCGAAUAAACCAACAACCAAGACCGUAACAUUGAUAGAAACCGAUAACCGAUACGCUGCCCUAGCUGUUGAAGAUCCCAUUACAGAAUCCAGCUUGCCAGUUGAAAAUAUUAAUGAGAACAACAACGACCCUGAACCAACCACUAGUCACAAAACCCGACAACAUCGUGAUAUAUGUACGUAA